AUGUCCUUCCCGCUCGACUUCAAGUACGUCAUUGCCGCCACCUCGCUCUACCCCGUUCUGGGCUUCUUCCAGACCCUCAAUACGGGCUACUGGAGAGCCCAGUCCAAGACCCCCCUGCCCCUGCUGUUUGCCGACACCUCUGUGCCCGCCAAGGAGCCCAAGCUGGAGCUGGCGCGUCAGCGAUUCAACUGUGCCCAGAAGGCCCACAUGCAGUUCAACGAGAACGCCGCUCUGACCCUGGUGGCUGGCUGGAUCUCCGGUCUGUACUACCCCCAGCUGGCUGCUUCGUUGCUCCUGACCUGGGCCGUUUCUCGGUUCGCCUACGUCAUUGCCUACUCCAAGGGCAACCCCGACAACCGAAAGAUCCCCGCCUUGAUCAAUCUCGGCUCCCAGAUUGUCCUUAUCGGAGCUGCUGUCAUUUCGGGCUUUUGUCCUGUUGUCAAGACCUUCUUCAACUGA